UUUCUGCAGUUUUUCAUGAGCAUCCUCUUGACCCUAAAGCCCCAAUCGGAUUUUGAAUGCAGGCUCUCAAAUGCAAUGAGCUCCACCGGCGGUUUCGGUUUGUUGCAGACUCAACCGAACCCUUUCUCUUUUUCUUCUACCAUUCUUUUUCUUCAUCCACCAAAGCCAAAACCCAGACCCCAAAAACCGACUCUUCCUUCACCGAUUACCUAAUCAACAACUUCAAAUUCUCCAAAACCCAAGCUCUCUCUAUCUCGACCCGGCUUCCUCGCGGCAAAUCCAAUGAGAAACCGCAAUCCCUGCUUCUCUUCCUCCAAAAUCUCGGAUUCUCCGAGACCCACAUUCGGUCCGCCGUCCGUUUGUGCCCACAAAUACUCUUCUCUGAUAUCGACAAAACCCUCAAGCCCAAGAUCGAGUUUUUUCAGGAUCUGGGUCUUGUGGGUUCUGAGCUGGGCAUGUUUAUUUCCAAGAAUUCCCCUAUCUUGACUGUCAGUUUGGAGAGAAAAUUGGUACCCUGCGUUGAAAUUCUCAAGAAAGUCUUGUGCAGAAAUCAGACUAACCAGGACCUAAUCCGGGUUCUGAGUCGGUGUACUGCGGUGGUGAGGGUAAACCCUGAAUCAAGGUUGCUAGGCAACAUUGCCUUCUUGAAGAGUUGUGGGAUCGUUGGGACUCAGCUCUCGAUGCUUUUGACGAGGCAGCCUUGGAUUUUUAUCACGCAGGAAUCGAAGCUUAGGGAUCUUGUUUCUCGGGUUUUAGACAUGGGUUUUUCUGUGAAUUCGAGGAUGUUGGUUCAUGGGCUUUACACGGUUAGUUGCAUGAGCAAUGAGACUUUCAUGAGGAAAUUGGAAUUAUUUCGGAGUUCCGGGUUUUCUUCGGAUGAAUGUAUGGAAAUGUUUCGAAACCAACCUGGUUUGCUUAGGGCAUCUGAGGAGAAGUUGAAGCUUGGAAUUGAGUUCUUCAUGAACACCGUUAAGAUGGAAAAGUCGGCGUUAGUUCGUUUUCCUGUGUCUUUUAUGUAUGACUUGGAGGCAAGAGUGAUUCCCCGGUACAUGGUUUUGGAGAUUUUGAAGUCCAAAAGGUUGUUGAAGAGGGAGCCUAGUUUUAUUCAUACGUUGAAUAUAAGCGAGGAGAAAUUCUUGGCGAAGUUCAUGGCGAAGUUUAGAGAUCAUGCAGAGGAAUUGUUAGUAGCUUACAAGGGUCAUUUAUUGGAUUAUUCUUCUGUAGAUGAAUCUUAAUACAUGUUUAGUCUUCAUUUUCCUUGUCAGCCAAUGCAAUUGUCUGGGAGUAGAAAUUCACGUUUGCAGUUUGUUGUAAUUCUGGACAGGUCUUUAUAUAUGCUGGAAGAUAAGUCAUAAUUUUUUACUGCAGCAAGUUAAGUUGUUGAAA